UGGUCCAUCAGAGGUUGGUUGUCUCGGCGCAGCAGAAGAGAUCGGUAGACGACAGACCAAGGGAUUCCGACGCCCGCCGCCCGCCGAAUCCAUGGCCCGACCACGGUCGCCCACGAAUGAUCUCCCCCCAUCCCUUGGCGGCUACAAGGUCUCGAAGCCUCUUUUUGCAUCGGCAUUGUUGGUCCUCGAUUCCAUCUUGGUGGCUCUCAUCAUCGCCUACGUCCCUUAUACCAAGAUCGAUUGGGACGCGUACAUGACCCAGGUGAUGACUCUUUGUGACCUAACCGGGCCUCGUUGGUCUCUUCUUGGAACGGAGAGGAGGCUUUCCAUCUUAUCGGGCUCAUCUUUCGUUGUUUGUUCUUGCAAUUGGCGGCAGGUAGAUGGGUUUCUCGGAGGAGAGAGGGAUUACAGCAAGCUGAAAGGGGACACGGGGCCGUUGGUUUAUCCGGCUGGGUUUCUUUAUGUCUACUCCGCCAUCAAGUUUCUAACCGGCGGGGAGGUCUUUCCUGCUCAGAUCUUGUUUGGCAUUCUUUACAUAAUUAAUCUGGGGCUCGUUUUCUUCAUUUAUAUAAAGACCGAUCUGCUUCCAUGGUGGGCUCUUUCUUUCCUUUGUUUGUCGAAGAGAGUUCACUCGAUCUUUAUUCUUCGUCUCUUUAAUGACUGUUUUGCAAUGACCUUGCUUCAUGCUUCUCUAGCUUUGCUAUUUAGUCAAAAAUGGCAUCUGGCUUUGAUCAUUUUCAGUGGAGCUGUGUCAAUUAAGAUGAAUGUGCUUCUAUAUGCGCCACCUUUAUUUCUGCUUAUGUUAAAGGCUCUUGAUGUUAAGGGUGUCUUCUCUGUCUUGUUUGGUGCUGCGUUAGUGCAGAUUAUUUUGGGCUUACCGUUCUUGCUGACAUAUCCUGUUGAGUACAUUUCAAGAGCCUUUAAUCUUGGGCGUGUCUUCAUCCAUUUCUGGUCUGUUAAUUUCAAGUUUGUUCCAGAAGAGAUAUUUGUAUCAAAAGAAUUUGCAUGUGCCUUACUGGUUCUUCAUCUAACAUUGCUUAUAGUAUUUGCAAACUUCAGAUGGUCCAAGAAUGGACUUUUUCAUCUCUUGAAGUCAAAAGUCAGUGAUGCUUUUUCAAUAUUCUCUAUUCAGCAAUUUCAGUCCUGUGAAUCAAGAAUCAAAACUCUCAAUAAAGAAUAUAUUGCAACUGUUAUGUUUGUCGGGAACUUCAUCGGCAUUGUAUGUGCUCGAUCUCUUCAUUACCAGUUCUAUUCCUGGUACUUCUACUCGUUGCCUUUUCUAUUGUGGAAAGCACCGUUCCCGACCCCUCUAAGGCUCAUCUUGUUUGCUGGCGUCGAGCUCUGCUGGAAUAUUUACCCUUCAAAUAUGUAUUCCUCAUUGUUGUUACUUUGUAUGCAUUUGUUCGUACUGUUGGGUGUUUGGAUUGCGCCAAUUGGAAGUGAAUUUGUUGAUCAAAUACAUGCAGAGAGAAAGGAGGCGUGACUGAUGCUGCUGCUGCUGCAUUAUUUGCCCAAACUAGUUUGAAUCAUUACAUUUUGAGCAUGUUUUUCACCCCUUGUUGGUGUUUUGCGUAUUCAGUGAGGAUAAAAAUCGGAUUUUUUUU